CAAUCUAGAGCCAAUGAUCGGGUGCUCAAGCUCCUUAAACGUGACCUCAAGUUGCGCCCCAGUCUUUUUAUGGGUGGCCCAUUUUUUGCUGUGGCAGCCAAAGAAGCUGGAUCGGGGAUCGUGCAUCUUGAUUGGAAUGAUGACAAAGUGAUCUAUGCAUUUGUUUUUGCAGUUGGGGACUGGGAGGGGGGGGAGUUUUGUGCCCCCCAACUAGGCAUCAAAAUUCCCGUCCGCCCUGGGCAGGUACUGGCUGUACUUGCUCGUGUGCUUGCUCAUUUCAGCACACCAGUUACAAGUGGU